AUGGAGUCACAACUAUCAACGAUUGAUCUCCUGGCCGCGAUGUUCCCCUCGCCGGGAGAGAUGGAUAUCCCUGAAUCCACAACCGAAUGCAUUGAGAAACUUCGUGACUGGUGCCAGAACCCAACAAAUACACCAAAGAUUCCUGCCAGUCUGUUUCUCACGGUCUGCCUACCAAUUUUGGAUGGGGACAAAACCAUCCAGGUCAACAUGUCUGUCCCUCUACACUGCGAAAAUCCGGAUACCAUUGAUCAACCACCACCAGCCAGCUUUUCACUUCGACAACCGGACUGGAUGUCCAAAGCAGAAGUCUCUGGUGUUGCGGCCACCAUUCCACAAGGGGAUGCGCUAGAGGCGUUCGACUAUAUUCAAGCACAAAUCCACGACUUUCUUGUAAAUAAGCAAAACCAAGCAACUGCUUUGGAAAAUGCAAGUUCCAAUACGGAAUCUGGUGGCCCGAUCGUCAGAGUCUGGUUUUAUUUUCCGUCUCUAUCAACGCGGAAGAAGAGAGAUGACAUGGUCAAUCUUGCACCGGGGUAUUCCUUGACAGGGUUUGUGCUAGCAGGAAAGCCAGGCGUACUAUGCCUUGAGGGUUCGUCGGCACAUAUCGAUUCAUAUAUGAGCUUUAUCAAGACUCAUUCCUGGGGAGAUAUCCCUAGUCACCAAAAGAAGGUCAGUGAGAGAUUUCGUGAGACAGAGGCUGUUCAAAGAGUAUUUUCUGGAAUGGAGGAGAUUACAGACUCGCUUGGUGAGCGGGGUGGUCAGCGAGCGAAUCGAGGUGAUAUGCAAGCCCUGGAGGCAUGGCUAGGGUCAAAAGGAUUACAAGAGGCCUUCGAAAAAGUGAUAUUUUAG